UAUUCAGGCAUACACAAACACGCGCACAAACAAUCACACACGCGCGCACGUCUGGUGUCAUCAUCUCAUUCGCCAUGAGACUGUGGAAGCUUGGUGGAUCAUGGCAAGAGAAUUCUGCACGCUCUUAAUGCGCGUCAUUUCCACCAAUGCAAGUGGAGGGACUGUUUUUCCCUUUCUCUCGAAUGUCCGGUUUUGCGAGGAGAGGUGGUCUUCAUCGGUGGUAUGCUGCUUUUCAUGGAUGCCGUUGAAAUAUGCUCUGAAGUUCUCCACGAAAAUAGCUGAGCUUGUCGGCAAUUGACAAACUACGUGAAAUGCGCAAUGUUUGUUUUUGGCUCUUAGCGCAAUUCUAAGAAACUGACAGCACUUCAGAACAAUCCCUUAGCUGUGCCCGUUGAAGGAGGGAGAGACGGACAAGGGAAAAACACCAAGGUUCCGAAAACCAGGGGAGGCAACAUAUUAACAACUUUUUUUCUAGAAAAGCCUCGUGGGCAAACGCUAAAACAAAGGUUUCAGUGCAUACCUGUCGCAGUUUCCGGCGACUUUGUCCUUCACCUCUUUUGUAAAUAAUUGUCGAGUUUUGGCCGAGAAGUCUGUGCGCGAUAAGAUUGGAAGAGGUGUCAUCAGCCUUCAGAAAGCAGAGCGCAUUCGCUCUCCCCGUUCCUGCCUCCGAAGUUUCACCGUAAACCACCUUUGGCAACGAGAAAGGCAUGUCUUAUCACCACGUCAUUUAAGAGGAUGCUGGUGCGUCGGCCCCCGUCGUGGACUCUGCCCCUCGUGCUGCUGGGCCUCCUGUCCACUCAGCUGGGGGCGGGACUUACCCAGGCCACUCCCCCUCGCCACGCAGCGGCAAGCCUGAACGUCACGCUGGCGGCCAUCUUGCCCAAAAACAACACGAUCUACGCGUGGGCAUGGCCACGCGUGGCGCCCGCCUUGAUCCGAGCGCUGGAGCGCGUGAACUCUGACCCCGCGCUGUUGCCUGGACACCACCUGGAGCUCAUCUUCCAAGGCAGCGACACCAAGGAGGGCCAGUGCUCGGAGUCGGUGGCCCCGCUGGCGGCCGUGGACCUCAGGCUGUCCCACAACCCCUGGGCGUUCGUCGGGCCGGGCUGUGACUACGCCGCCGCACAAGUGGCGCGCUUCACCAGCCACUGGAACGUUCCCAUGGUGACGGCCGGAGCGGCGGCCAUCGCGUUCGAGGAGUACGCCUCCAUCACCAACACGGGGCCCACCUACAAGAAGCUAGGGGAGUUUGUGGUGCAGGUCCACCAGUACUUCAGGUGGACGCAGGCCAUGGUGGUGUUCCACGACCACAAGCACGACGACCGGCCGUGCUACUUCACCGUCGAGGGGCCCUACACGGAGAUGCUAAAGGAGAACAUCACCACCAAAGAGCUGGCCUUCGACGAGAGCCACCAGCCAGUGGACUACAAGGACCUGGUGACCAGGAUCAGGGACCAGGCCCGCGUGGUGUACCUGUGCUGCUCGAGAGACGCCUUCAGGAAGCUGAUGCUGCAGUUCUGGAGGGACGGCUCUCAGCACGACGAGUUUGUCUUCUUCUACAUCGACCUGUUCGCUGGCAGCCUGGAGAGCUCCGCCAACCGACCCUGGGCCAGAGACGACGCAGACGAUAUGGACGCGCUUCGCGCCUUCAGAAGUGUGAAGAUCCUGACGUAUCGGGAGCCGCAGAACCCUGAGUACAGAGCCUUCGUGGAUGCGCUGAAGACCGACGCCAAGAGCAUGUUCAACCUCAGCGUGGGGGAUUCCCUGAUGAACAUGAUUUCCGGAAGCUUCUAUGACGGCGUGAUGCUGUACGCUCUGGCCCUGGAUGAGACCCUGAAGGAAACUCCAGCAGGAGACCGACCAGAGGGGGAGAACGUCACCCAGAGAAUGUGGAACCGCGCCUACUACGGAGUGACGGGACUACUGCAGAUUGAUGAGGUGGGAAAUCGAGAGAUGGACUUUGCCCUGUGGGACAUGACAAACUACACCACCGGAGUCUACCAGAUGGUGUAUGUGUAUAACGGCAGCCAGAGGCAGAUGCUGCCCGUGGAGGGGGUCAGUCUGCAGUGGCCCGGGGGGAAGCCUCCUCCUGACGUCCCCAUCUGUGGCUUCAAGAACGACGCCCCUGCCUGCCUCGCAAAGACGGUUACCAUGCGGCAGAUGAUCUCGAUCGUGGUGUGCUUCGUCCUCUUCAUCAUUAUCACCGUUACAGUAUUCAUCUACAGGAAGCUGAAGUUGGAGAAGGAGUUGGCAGCUCAGCUGUGGAGAGUGCAGUGGGAGGACAUUCAGAUGAGCAACCUGGAGAAGGCUCUAAGACGAGCAUGCAGCAAACUCACACUCUCACUGAGAGGCUCAAACUACGGCUCUCUCCUCACCAUGGAGGGAAACAUCCAGAUCUACACCAAGACCGGCUACUAUAAGGGCAACUUAGCGGCCAUUAAAUAUGUCAACAAGAAGCGCAUUGAACUGACCAGGACGGUUCUGUUCGAGCUCAAGCAUAUGCGUGAUGUCCAGAAUGAGCAUCUGACCCGUUUCAUUGGAGCUUGCAUCGACCCUCCCAACAUCUGCAUCAUCACCGAGUACUGUCCCAGAGGCAGUCUACAGGAUCUGAUGGAGAGUGACAGUAUCACCUUAGACUGGAUGUUUCGGUAUUCCCUCAUCAGUGAUAUUGUUAAGGGCAUGGCCUUCCUGCAUAACAGUGUGAUCGGUUCCCAUGGUCACCUGAAGUCCUCCAACUGUGUGGUGGACAGUCGCUUCGUCCUGAAGAUCACAGACUACGGACUGCCCAGCUUCUCCAAAGAGACCGGCUCUGAGGACACACACUCCUAUUAUGCUCGUAGGUUGUGGACGGCCCCUGAGCUGCUGCGUUCGGACCUUUGCCCCCCCUGCGGCAGCCAGAAGGGCGACGUCUACAGUUUCGCCAUCAUCCUGCAGGAGUUGGCGCUGCUCAAGGGCACCUUCUACCUGGAAGGACCCUCCCUCAGCCCCAAAGAGAUCAUAGAGCAGCUGACGGUGGGCGAGUGGCCGUACUUGCGCCCCCUGCUGUGUGCUCAGAGUCAUAGCGAGGAGCUGGGCCAGCUCAUGCAGCGCUGCUGGGCAGAGGACCCCAACGAGCGGCCAGACUUCAGCCAGAUCAAAGUGCUGCUCCGCAAGAACAACAGAGGCUAUGGUUCAAACAUCCUGGAUAACUUACUGUCACGUAUGGAGCAGUAUGCCAACAACCUGGAGGAACUGGUGGAGGAGCGCACACAAGCCUACCACGAGGAGAAGCGCAAGGCUGAGGCCCUGCUGUACCAGAUAUUACCCCACUCUGUAGCAGAGCAACUGAAGAGAGGGGAAACAGUUCAGGCUGAAGCUUUUGACUCUGUCACCAUCUACUUCAGCGACAUCGUGGGAUUCACUGCCCUCUCCGCAGAGAGCACACCUAUGCAGGUGGUGGCUUUUCUGAAUGAUUUGUACACCUGUUUUGAUGCCAUCAUAGACAACUUUGAUGUAUACAAGGUGGAGACGAUAGGUGAUGCGUACAUGGUGGUGUCGGGGCUGCCGGUGCGGAAUGGGAAGCUGCAUGCAGGGGAGGUGGCGCGGAUGUCUCUGGCUCUGCUGCAGGCCGUACACAGCUUCCGCAUACGACACCGGCCCGCACAGCAACUCAAGCUGCGCAUCGGCAUACACAGCGGCCCUGUGUGUGCAGGAGUUGUGGGACUGAAGAUGCCUCGAUAUUGUCUGUUUGGAGACACAGUGAACACAGCAUCACGCAUGGAGUCCAAUGGGGAAGCACUGAAGAUCCAUGUGUCGGAGGCGACGCGUUCUAUCCUGGAGGAGUUUGGCUGCUUCCAGCUGGAGCCGAGAGGAGAGGUGGACAUGAAGGGCAAAGGCCGCAUGAGAACCUACUGGCUCCUGGGCGAGAACUGCCCCAGCACCACCUAACGCAGAACACCAGAACGUACUGGCUCCUAGAACCGCCCCAGCAUCACCUAACGCAGAACACCAGAACGUAUUGGCUCCUAGAACCGCCCCAGCAUCACCUAACGCAGAACACCAGAACGUAUUGGCUCCUAGAACCGCCCCAGCACCACCUAACGCAGAACACAAGAACAUUGUGUCUCCUAGAACUGCCCCAGCACCACCUAACACAGAACACCAGAACAUACUGGCUCCUAGAACCGUCCCAGCACCACCUAACGCAGAACACCAGAACGUACUGGCUCCUAGAACCGCCCCAGCACCACCUAACACAGAACACAAGAACAUUGUGUCUCCUAGAACCACCUUAGCACCACCUAAUGCAGAACACAUGAAACAUUGUGGCUUCUAGAACCUCCCCAGCAUCACCUAACACAGAACAUGAGAAGAUUGUGCCUUCUAGAACCUGCCCCAGCACCACCUAACGCAGAACACAAGAACAUUGUGGCUUCGUGAGCCACCCCAGCACCGCCGAACGCAGAACAUGGGGACAUUGUGUCUGCUCAGAGAAAACAACUCCAGCAGAACAUAAGAAAAUGUUUUGAGUAAAAUGAAAUGGACCCUUUGCAUUGCAGUGAAACACGCCAGUGCCAUUUUGUUUGGAGUGUGCAUAAGGUGUCCUAAAGGUUAUUGCUAACCGCUCUUAUGUUCAAGAGCACUUGACACUUAGAACGUCUGUGCUUCUUGAAUUCCUUUUACUGCUUAGUUGGAUCCUCCUCUUCUGACCUCUUCUGUGUAGAGCUGAGUUUCAGGCUGAAGCAUCUCACAGCAGUGUCAUCCUGGGAAACACUCGUAGACGCAUUUGGAAACUGUCCAGAAACACUCGUAGACGCGUUUGGAAACUGUCCAGAAACAUUCGUAGACUCGUUUGGAAACUGAACACUUGUUUGGAAGCUCUCGUCCCGUUUCUCACCGUAGCCAGAUCAAGCAGUCUGAACACUGUGAUGAUGUAUUUUUUUGGACUUUUUUGCCUUUAUUAUGAUGGACAGUGAAAGACGCGAGUAGGAGGGAGACAUGGGGUGGGAUCAGGAUAUGACACGGGUAACAGGUCGGACUCGAAGCCGGGUCCACUUGGACCCGUAUAUGGUAUGAGCGCUGUAGCCAGUUACUCCACAGCGCCCCCGUUAUGCUGUCUUUGGUCACUGCAGUUCAAUGUGAUUCGGACUUAUCAUUUUCUGUUGUUAGUUAUUAUACACAUGAUAUGUUAAUAUAUGUUUGUGUGUGUAUAAUUAUACAGUUACACACACACACACACACACACUUAACACUGACUCAACCCAGCUCUCACCUCGAGCAACUCACCACACACACACACACACUCAACCAACAUUCACAUGGACACAGACUCAAACUUUCAAUGUUUGUGAUGAGUUGAAAUCUGUUCUUUGUGAACGACAGUGGAUGUAUCUACAUACAGAGAUCCCUCUCUGGAGAUGGAUGGAAGCUUCCUCCUAAGUUCUAGAAUCCUAAUAGAGUGUCUGAUGUGUGUAAUAGCAACCUGAAUAGAACGUGUAGUUUUCCCUCCAAGGUUCUGAAGUAAUGCUCACAGUUGAGAAUGGUACAGCUCAUAGUUUAAGCUCUCCUUAAUGUUUUUUGUCUUAGUUUACAACAUAAGGAGUUGAUGAAUUGAUAAUGAGUUCAUUAUUCUAUUUUGAGAUGACAUUUGUUUUCUUAACAUGAACAUAAUCGCAGGCAUAGCCAUUCCCAGCCUCCGUAGCAUUCCUUUUGAUCUGAUUACUGUUGCUUUUGAACUGAUUACUGUUGCUAUACUGUACAAUACUGUAGUGCAGCUGUAAUUGCUGGCUGUCGUAUAGAAUCUAGCUAGUAAACCGGGAGGCCGACCAGCAACAUCACUUGGAUUGGGGGACUAUCUGCUUGGACCAAAUCUUGAAAAAGGGUAAAAAGCAUUCUGAGAUGGUAUUAAAUCAUGUAAUCCAGUCUUGUAUUUGAUGUGGAUCAAUCCUUCACUUUGUGUUGUCCUAAUGUCUUAAUAGGCUUGAUUCUUUUAAUCCAAAAAAGCAUGAGAAUCCUGAUGGAAGGCAGUUCAGGGUGGAUUUCAGGGACAAAAUGUAAUACAACUUUAAGAUUUAGUCAAAUAUUACCACAUUACCAUCAUAGUGUAUUUACAUAUGGGAUUUUUGUUUCCAUAAAAUAAUCCAUCAAGCAGCAGUCAAUAUUGAUAAAAGAAUCUAUUUAAUUUUCACAUUCGUCAUCAGAUAUGAAUUAUAGUCAAAAGUAGCAAUUCCAUUGCAUGUCCAGUCCGUGCCCUGGUGGUGUCGUCAUGACGCUCAGGUGAAUUUAGAACACCGGUAAUCCAGAGCUGGUAACCAAGGUAACCCUGAAGUCUGCAUCUGGAUCAGGGUCAGCCAUAAAGAAGUCUUUAGAGAUCAGUGAGGUCAGCCAAUCCGAUGUCACUUUGGAAAACUGGCACAGAAGUAUAAUGGAUUACCCGGUUCUUGAUGGUAAAAUGGGAUUUCCCAAUCUGGAUCUAGAUGAAACUUAACAAACAGCUGGGUCCAAAGGGAAGAGACAUCUGGCACUCUUUGAGUGGUGAGAGCUACAGAGGUGAAGUCUCUUUAGCGACAGGGUCUAUAUGCUGUGUGUUGCUUUCUUCCACUAUGUGGCGUAUGUAUAGGGGCUAUAUGCUGUGUGUUGCUUUCUUACACUACGUGGUGUAUGUAUAGGGGCUAUAUGCUGUGUGUUGCUUUCUUACAGUACGUGGUGUAUAGCUCUCAGGACCUUGUAUGCUAGGUGCACAACAGCACCCACCGAUGUUAUUUACCCCGUUCCUCAACAGCACACACAGAUGCUAUUUACCCCGUUCCUCAACAGCACACACCGAUGUUAUUUACCCCGUUCCUCAACAGCACACACCGAUGUUAUUUACCCCGUUCCUCUGUGCACAACAGCACCCACCGAUAUUAUUUGCCCCGUUCCUCAACAGCACACACAGAUGUUAUUUACCCCGUUCCUCCUGUUGUGACAGGUUCUUGUCUGAGCAUCUCUCUAAAGGAGAUACUCCUAACAUACGGACUCAUCACACCUCCGCACCUAAACCACUUGGACAAGCACUUCAACCCUACACACACACACACGUGUCUGAUGAGUAUGUGUAGGCCUAGGUGUUGCCAUGAUUCCAGUUGUUUUAUGAAAACGUAUCCAUGUCUAAAAUAAUAUGGUGCCUGAACUUUAACUAUUUUAAAUGAGAGGCAUAAUCACUUGACUGAAUAUUUUGCUAUAUAAUUGUUUUGUUUAUAAAGUUAUUUUAUUGGAAAACAUUUAAUGUCUGAUUAUGUGGUAUAAUAAAAAUCCAACAUGUCUGA